UACUAAAGCGCGGUAGCCGGUAGAGAAAGAGAUGCGUUCUCUCGCGACUCCUCGCAUUGCUCGUACCCUGACCCGGCAGUUUACAACAAAAGCCCGGAAACGGAAGGGAAAAAGCCCGAAAGGGUAGUAAGUACAAAGUUGAAGGAGGCCGAAACCGAGAUUUGCCUCGGCUACACGCGAAUCUGUGCUCCCGCUGGACCCACUGGUGAUUGAAGGGAAUUAAAAGGAGCACGGCGGGAGGAAACUGAAACUGUUAGAGCUGUGGUGGUGGCAGAGCAGUGGUAACGGAAGAGAUGCAUAUGGCAUAUGAGCUGGGGAUGAGAGCGAAAGGGUUAUACCUACCUUGUACAAGCCCCAGUCGACUGCCUGGCAGGCUUCCCAGUCAAGAGAUACCUUUCUCCUGCGAUUACCUCUUUUUCUAAUGCCCGUCGCCAUCGCCAGUUCAACGUAAUGCCGGUGCUGCCCGCAAAGCCAUCCCCCGUCCCUGCACGCCCCCGCCCCCGCCCCGCGGCCCGGUGGUGGUAAUAAGUGGUAGGCGGCCGAAGAAUUCCAGGUCGGGGUGCUCGUCCGUCCGUCCGUCCAAGAAGAGGACGACACGAGAGAAGGAAGGUAACCGAGGCAUGAAGGACCUGGUGUCGUGCUUCAGCGAGCACGCCGUGCGGAUCUCCGACGUGGCCUGCUCUGGCUCCAGCGCCGCCAAUGCGGCGGCGGCGGCGGCGGGCGCACCGGAGGCCGCCGGCGGGCGGGCGCCGGCCGUGAGCGCGGUGACCACCGCGUACCGCUCGCGGCUCGCGGCGUCCGGGAAGGAGCUGCUCAUCGACGUCACCUGGUCGCGGGCGCCCGACGGGCCCGCGCUCUCCGUCGCGGUCCACGAGGCGGCAGCGGCCGCCGCCCCGCGCAGCCGCGCCGCGGCGCCGCGGCACCUGCACAGGAAGAAGGGGAGCGGGACGUUCACGGCGGGCAGCUGCGUGGUGGGCGUGUUCUGGGACUACGGCGCGGCGCGGUACGCCGGUGGCGCGGGGCCCGAGCCGGCCUCCGGCUUCUACGUCGCCGUGGUGGCGGACGCCGAGUUCGUGCUCCUGCUGGGCGACCUCAGCCGCGGGUACGUCGACCGCCUGCACGGCGGGAUACCGGUCGCCGCGUCCCGGCUGGCGCGCCGCCGGGAGCGCUUCGUCGGGCGCGGCCGCUGGGCCACCAAGGCCCGGUUCCUGGAGUCGGGCGACGAGCACGAGAUCGGCGUCGUGCUGCGCGACGCCGACGCCGACGCCGAGGCGUGGGUCACCGUCGACGGCCUCAGGGUCGUGCAGCUCCGCCGGCUCCGCUGGAACUUCCGCGGCUGCCACACCAUCUUCCUCGACGGCGGCGCCCCCGUCGACAUGACGUGGGACCUGCACGGCUGGCUCUUCCACGCCCACGCGCCCGCCGCCGAGUUGCCCCACUCGUCUUCCUCCUGCGCUGUGUUCACGUUCCAGGCGCGCGGCGCGUCAGAGGCAAAGCUGUGGACGGACGACGAUUGCUUCCACUACGGAGAGGAGCCGGACAAGCUGCCGGUGACGCCGACCCGUCGGCGGCAGAAGGCGGCAGCCGGUGGGGCGUCGGGGCAGGGGUUCUGCCUGCUGAUCCAAGGCUUCAGAGGCUUUUCCAAGAACACUUAACCUGUACUAAAAAGGUGGUCAAAUUACGAAUGAGCGAACGCGAUAGCGGGUCUCCCGUCUUGAACUGCGGCGCAAUCCUAGUUACUUACAUACCAGGAUGGAUGACUGCCCCAUCAGCUCAAUGAGCAACCGCGGGUCACACGUCUUGAACUGCAGCGACUUGAAGAAGGCGCCUCUGCAAGGAUGUGCACCCGGCGGUGGAGGCAGCUGCCGAGGCAGAUAGCUGCAAAAACUAAAGUUGCUCUAGUUAUCAGAACUCUGACGGAACAUCUAAGGAUCAUCCUCACAUCAAGUACCUGCUCUAAAUUGGGAGCACUCAAAAUCAUGAACUCAUACUUCAGAAAUAACAUAAUUUUCA